AUGGGCUCACAGAUGGACUUGAUUUCCCCAUGGGGUUCUCCCUUAACAGUUCUGUGGGGUAAUCAACCAUUGGCCUUUUUUUCGUUCCGAUUUCUGUCAAUGAAAAGCGGCAUGAGUUCACCAACAAACAACAAAGGGGCUGCCGCUUCGGUUGGCACUGAUCUUGCAGCAGUGCUUCCCGAUGAUACACGACCGUGGUGGCGCGUUCCCCAUCUCCUCAAGCUCAACCUUCUUCUUCUCAUCCCCCUAAUUUCCUCUGGUGCUAUCGGCUACGAUGGCUCCAUGAUGAACGGCCUUCAGACACUCCCCCAAUGGAGAGGCUACUUCGGCAACCCCGAAGGUGCCAUGCUAGGCGCCCUCAACUCCGUCUAUCCCGCCGGUAAAGUCAUUGCGCUGUUCUUGGUUACAUAUGUAUGCGAUCGUUUUGGUAGAAAGCGGGCUAUGGUGGUUGGAUCCGUUGCUUGUGUCGCGUUUGCCAUCAUGCAAGCUGUGUCACAAAACCUCGAAACCUUCAUUGCCUCGAGAGCGAUCCUCGGGUUCUUUACCAGCUUCUUAGCCCAGCCGAGUCCGAUUCUCAUCACCGAACUUGCCUAUCCGACCCACCGAGGGAAACUCACUGCGUUGUACAACACAUCCUUCUACCUUGGCGGUAUAAUCGCCGCAUGGUGCACGUUCGGAACCUUCAAGCUCGACACAACAUGGAGUUGGAGGAUUCCCUCUCUUCUUCAGGGAGCCCUCCCCGCGCUGCAGCUCAUCGGUGUUUACUUUCUACCAGAGUCUCCUCGAUGGCUUGUCGCCAAUGGGCGCCGGGAGGAGGCUCGUAAGAUCCUGGCUACAUACCAUGCUGGUGGGGAUGCGGAUUCUCCCCUUGUCAAGUUUGAGAUGGCCGAGAUUGAGGGGGCUGUGACGCACGAAGCUGAUGCCAUGUCACAAAACUCUUGGCUCGAGCUACUGCGCACUCCAGCCAACAGAAAGAGGACUCUUAUCGCGGUCAUUGUUGGAUGGUUUGCUCAGUGGAAUGGUGUCAACCUCAUCAGCUACUAUCUAGUCCUUGUCCUUAACACGAUCGGCAUCACCAAAGCGAGAGAUCAGACUCUGAUCAACGGCCUUCUGCAGAUCUCCAACUGGCUUGCAGCAAUCUUUGUUGGCGCUAUGUUGGUGGACAGACUUGGACGUCGUACAUUGUUCUUGCUUUCGACAUGUGGCAUGUUUACGUCCUACGUCAUCUGGACUGGUCUCAGCGCUUCUUUCGACAGCAGUCGAAGUCCGUCUACUGGCAAGGCGAUUGUCGCAUUCGUGUUCAUAACCUUCUUCUUCUACGCUAUUGCAUGGGCACCGCUUCUUCAGGCAUAUACAGUUGAGAUCUUCCCAUACACACUACGUGGUCGUGGCGUUUCUAUCAUGUACAUCAGUACCUUUAUCGGUUUGGUGCUCGGAAACCAGGUCAACCCUAUUGCUAUGAAGAGCAUUGGCUGGAAGUACUACAUUGUGUUCUGCUGCAUCCUGUUUUGUCUUAUUCUAGUCAUUUGGUUCCUGUUUCCGGAGACCAAAGGCCACAGCCUUGAGGAGAUACAGGCUCUUUUCGAGGGCGAGUCGCACGGCGCGAUGCAAGCUGGGAAGCUCGAGGACAUUGAGAGCGCACAUAAUGAUAAAGAGGGAAAGAAGGACAAGAAAGUGGACUUGGUUGAGGCUCAACCAGCCGGUCUUGGUGACACGAGCAUUGAUGAGACGUUUUACGAUGAAGAAUUCCUUAAGAUAACCAGCUUGAUGUGUAAAACAUACGAAUACUCAUCUGAGAAUGAUAAUAGCUAUAAAGGUAUCGAUCCGACCCACUAUUUCAACAACAUCAACCAAUCUGAAAACAAGCACUCAGCUAAAUCUACCAACAACAUGAAGUACUCCACUGCUACUAUCAUUGUUCUCGCUCAGGGAAUCUUUGCCGCACCUUCGUUUUUGAACAAGAUCGGCCACAACAAUUCUAAGGCCAGUCACCAAUCCACUGGAGGUGAUAUCACUCUGUCUAUCAAGGUAUCGCAAUCUCCCAUGAAUGGCGCGUUUCAUAAGGCUGUGAAAGACGAGCUCUGCUGGUUGAUAUGCGCCAGCGACGAGCUCGAGUGUCCCGACGAUUGGUACUCCAAGAAACAGCUGACGCAAAAACUACAGGGUGAAUGUUGGACGUGCUGCAAGGAAUAA